UUGAUCAAGAUGUCGCAGCAGGUGCCACCACCGCCGGCGGUGAAGCUCGUCACGGCGUUCGGCAGCCCGUUCGCACACCGCGUGGAGGUGGCGCUGACGCUCAAGGGGGUGCCGUACGAGCUGGUCACGGAAGACCUGGCCAACAAGAGCGAGAUGCUGCUCACGCACAACCCCGUCCACAAGACGGUCCCUGUCCUCCUCCACGGCGACCGUCCGGCCGUCUGCGAGUCCCUCGUCAUCGUCGAGUACGUCGACGAGGCCUUCGAUGGGCCGCGACUCCUACCGGCCGACCCCUACGGCCGCGCCACCGCCCGCUUCUGGGCUCACUUCAUCGACAACAAGUGCUUGAAGCCGCUGUGGCUAUCGAUGUGGACGCACGGCGAGGCGCAGGAGCGAUUCGCGAGGGAGACCAAGGAGAGCCUGGCGAUCCUGGAGGCGCAGCUCGAGGGGAGGAGCUUCUUCGGGGGCGACGCCCUCGGCUUCGUCGACGUCGCCGCGUGCACGCUGGCUCACUGGCUGGACGUGCUGGAGGAGGUGACCGGAGUGCGCCUCGUGACGGACGGCGAGUACCCUGCUCUGCGCCGGUGGGCCAAGGAGUACACCUCCCACCAAGCCGUGAAGCGGUUCCUGCCGGACCGGGACCAGCUCGUCGCCUUCUUCGCCGCGGGCAAGGAGAGGUUCACGUCGAUGGUCAAGGCCGCGGUGCAGCAGUAACUCGAUCGAUCGGUGCACGGUUAAAUACCUACGUUUUCUUCUCGUCGAAUGAUCGAUUUAUUUAUGGAUAGAUUCCAAAAAAAUGCAUGGAUCGUACAACAGCGAGUACAAUAAGGGGCUUAUAGCCUGUUUAUGUAACAUUUAUGCGCUGAGAUAUUUCAAAAGUCGGAUAAUAAAUAGAUGCGUAAGUUUACCUGCA